GAAUCAAGAGAAACUGCAUACCGACAAGGUGACUCACUCACUACCUGCGGUGUCUCCGACACAAGCUCAUGUCAACGCCACCGUGUGCAGCCUAGGACGAGGAUGUUGUGUGCAACAUUCGACCUCACCCUCACAAAAUCCACGCCACCAUGUCAAGGCUUCUUGCUUGUGGAAAUGUUAAAAGGUUUGCACGUGCUGUUCAUAAGAAACAUAACACUAGCUGUGUGGAAGUAUUUUAUCCUAUGGGGGUCCCUUACUCAACAUACAAACUUUUCUCAUACUUUGGAGUUGCACACAAAGGGCAAACUCCAUUUGUGUUAUUUAAAUCGAAGGUUAACUUGCUGAUGAAUGGCAAAGCGAGGAACUUGUAUACCAUCACUACAAAUAAUGCAAGAUAUCAUCAUCAUGCUCAAGUUUUUUGGAACAGGGUGUGUUUCAAUAAAGGGACAGUUCCACCUCAAAUAGGUCAAAUUGCCCGUGCUGUAAGUCUGGCGAUGAUGAAAUCAAAUUUUGUUGUCCAUGGUAUGAUUGCUUUCGUGAUAGGAGAGCUUGCUUGGUCACGAGGGGAAUUAGCCGAAGCACAAUCCUUCCCAACAAGGGAUUCACUGUACCUUCAAGCACAAGAUAAGCGUGUGUAUUUGACCUCAGCUCUCUUGGGAGUUCUUGAGAUUUUAAUCUUGUUUCUCAGGGCUGUCUAUUUGGUAAUUUUGUUCUCUCCUUGCAUCGCUAUGGCUCCUUUGGUUGACUAUUUUGGCAUUCAAUUUAGGAAAACAUGGAUUCAUUUUGUACGCCUUACUCUUGAAAAGGCUGGCCCAGCAUUCAUUAAAUGGGGUCAAUGGGCUGCAACCAGACCUGAUCUCUUUCCUAGGGAUCUCUGUGGCGAACUUGCGGAAUUUCAAACCAAAGCACCAGCACAUAAAUUUAGCUAUAGCAAAAAAAGUAUUGAAAAUGCAUUUGGUCGCAAAUUGACUGAAAUAUUUGAAAAUUUUGAGGAGGAACCAGUAGCUUCGGGUAGCAUUGCUCAAGUUCAUCGAGCUAUACUGAAAUACAAAUACCCUGGUCGGCAAAUCAAGCCUGUUCUUGUAGCAGUGAAGGUCCGACAUCCAGGAGUGUCCGAAGCAAUUAGAAGGGAUUUCAUCAUUAUCAAUCUUGUCGCCAAGAUUUCAUCUUUCAUCCCUAAUUUGAGGUGGUUGAGAUUAGAUGAAAGCAUACAGCAGUUUGCUGUUUUUAUGAUGUCUCAAGUUGAUCUUUCAAGGGAAGCGGCAUAUCUUAGUCGUUUUAUCUAUAAUUUCCGGAAAUGGAAAGAUGUUUCAUUCCCAAUGCCUCUGUAUCCCCUUGUGCAUCCUUCUGUUUUGGUGGAAACCUAUGAACAUGGUCAAAACGUGUUGCACUUUGUUGAAGAGCUUGAAGGACAUGAGCAUAUCAAAAGUGCCCUAGCUCAUAUUGGAACACAUGCUCUUUUAAAGAUGCUUUUGGUUGAUAAUUUUGUCCAUGCAGACUUGCAUCCUGGAAAUAUUCUUGUCCGUGUAGUGAAAAGGAAAUCACCGCCUAUGCAGCUCUUUAAGUCAAGGCCCCAUGUCGUUUUCCUUGAUGUUGGCAUGACUACUGAACUUUCUAAGGGGGAACGAGAAUAUUUACUGGAAUUCUUUAAGGCUGUUGCACUUCAAGAUGGCCGCACUGCUGCAGAAUGCACCCUUAGAUUAUCAAAACGACAAAAUUGCCCUGACCCAAAAUCAUUCAUUGAGGAAGUGGAUAAUUCUUUCAAGUUUUGGAGGUCCUCAGAAGGUGAAUCUGUCCACACAGCUGACCGAAUGCAACAGUUGCUUGAGCAUGUUAGGCGGUGCAAAGUCAACAUAGAUGGCAAUAUCUGUGCUGUCAUAGUGACAACAUUGGUUCUGGAGGGGUGGCAACGGAGACUCGAUCCAGAAUAUGAUGUAUUGCAGGCGUUGCAGAAACUGCUAUUUAAAGCUGACUUAGCAGAAUCUCUGUCUUACACCAUUGGAGAACUGGUAGCCCCAUGAAAGCUAGCCAUUUUGGUCGCCCCAUAUUUCAGCAGCAUGGUGAAGAACUAUUCCGAUGAUCUACAAUUUCCCAUGCCUCUUUUUCAGCUGUUCUUAUUUUCUAAGAACAUGCUGCGAACCUUGCAUUGUAAAUUCGUUGUAGUCUUCACAUAAUUUCCGAUUCUUCUAAUGAUUGUGAUGUAGAGUAUAACAAGCCGCAAUAUAAUGAAUAAGCAUUCAAUUUUGUUUGAGACUAAGAACACGCUGUCAA